AUUGGUGUAGAAUGAUUGCAAUAAUUGAUUGCAGUGCGAAAGGUGAGAUCUUUUUCUGACAAAUUGUAGAGAUGAUCAACGCAGGAGGAGGAGCAGUUCUGUCCUCUACUUCCUCAUCACUUCUCUCGCGCCUUUCUCCAAUUUCCAAGCGUUUUCUUUCUCUUCUUCAUCUUCACAGCAAGAAGAGGUCUACUGUGCUCAGCUUCGGAUGGAACAGUAGUAAUCUUACUUCACUCAAUACUAGAAUGCAUUCAUCACCCUUUUCCAGUAUUGUCACUCGCGCUUCUGCUCAGCCUCUCCAGAAUCCCGAUGAACUCAUCGAUUCGGUUGAGACAUUCAUCUUUGAUUGCGACGGGGUUAUAUGGAAAGGGGAUAAGCUUAUAUCUGGCGUACCUGAGACUCUUGAUUUGCUUCGAUCUAAGGGAAAGAGAUUAGUGUUUGUUACUAAUAACUCUACCAAGUCUAGAAAACAAUAUGGCAAGAAGUUUGAAGAACUUGGUCUUAGUGUCAGUCAGGAGGAAAUUUUUGCAUCAUCUUUUGCUGCUGCUGCAUAUUUGAAAUCCAUUGAUUUCCCAAAAGAUAAAAAGGUCUAUGUGAUUGGAGAAGAUGGAAUCUUGAAGGAACUUGAGUUAGCUGGAUAUCAGUACGUUGGUGGCCCGGAAGACGGAAGCAAAAAGAUAGAGCUAAAGCCUGGGUUUUUGAUGGAGCAUGAUGAACAGGUUGGAGCUGUUGUGGUUGGAUUUGAUCGCUAUUUCAACUACUACAAAAUCCAAUAUGCCACCCUCUGCAUACGUGAAAACCCAGGAUGUCUGUUCAUAGCAACUAACCGUGAUGCUGUUACUCAUCUUACAGAUGCUCAGGAAUGGGCAGGUGGUGGUUCAAUGGUUGGCGCUGUUUAUGGGUCUACUCAGAAAGAACCUUUGGUUGUUGGAAAACCAUCAACUUUUAUGAUGGAUUACUUGGCAAACGAGUUCGGGAUACUUAAGUCACAAAUAUGCAUGGUUGGCGACAGAUUAGAUACAGACAUUCUUUUUGGACAAAAUGGUGGCUGUAAAACCCUUCUAGUUCUCUCGGGUGUGACAAGUUUGUCAAAGCUUAAGGAUCCUAGCAAUACAAUUCAACCUGAUUUUUACACAAACCAGAUCUCAGACUUCCUCACUCUUAAAGCUAAAGCUGCCACUGUAUAAUUUCAUUGUGACUUUGUUGUACUUUAGGCCUGUAUAGAGCUUUAUCCUUUUCUGUUUUAAAAGAAGUUAUGCACAAAUAUACUCCAUCUAUCAAUCUAAGCAGAUGAGCCUUGACUUUGUAAUGUGGGUCAUGACUCAUGGGUGUAUUUUUUUGAAAAACAAUCAACUUGAAAGUUGUAUGGGCUAAUACUAAA